AAAUAGAUUGCUGACUGCUAUUAUUUCUGCAAUUUUUAUUCGAUUUUUGCCAGCUAACUAUUGAUCUAAAAAAUGUCAUCCGAAAUUGAAAGUUUAGAAAAGAUUCUUGAGAAGAAUCUACCACCAAAAGAACUGUGUGAGGUAAAAAGGAUUCUUUAUGGCAAGCCAAAUCGGAAUCUUGAUUUACCCAAACAACUCCACGAUGUAUCCCAGGAAAAAGACUUUGAAGUUCAAGGCUUUGGUUUUGAUGCUGCCGAAGAAUCCAUUCGAUCAAGACGUGUUGUUAGGGUUGGUGCCAUCCAGAAUAAGAUAGUUGCACCAACAACAGCCCCUCUCAUUGAACAGAGAGAUGCUAUUCAUCGACGGAUAACUGAAAUGAUUGAAGCUGCAGCCAUUGGAGGGGUCAACAUCAUGUGUUUGCAAGAGGCCUGGACGAUGCCGUUUGCAUUCUGUACCAGGGAAAAACAACCAUGGUGUGAACUUGCAGAAUCCGCUGAAGAUGGACCAACGACGAAAUUGAUACAGGAGCUCGCCAAGAAACACAAUAUGGUUAUUAUAUCGCCCAUACUUGAGAGGGAUGAGGUCCAUGGAGAAACACUCUGGAAUACUGCAGUUGUGAUAUCCAACACUGGAGCAGUGUUAGGCAAAAGUAGAAAGAACCAUAUACCAAGAGUUGGAGAUUUUAAUGAGUCAACGUAUUACAGUGAGAGUACUAUCGGUCACCCAGUCUUCCAGACCCAGUUUGGCAAGAUCGCCAUCAACAUCUGCUUCGGCAGGCAUCACCCUCAGAACUGGAUGAUGUAUGGAGUCAAUGGCGCAGAGAUUGUCUUCAAUCCUUCAGCUACAGUCGGUGCUCUGAGUGAACCAUUGUGGCCUAUAGAAGCCAGGAAUGCUGCCAUCGCCAACAGUUACUUCACUGUAGCCAUCAAUAGAGUGGGGACGGAAACAUUCCCUAAUGAGUUCACUUCUGCUGAUGGAAAGCCAGCUCACAAAGACUUUGGUCACUUCUAUGGAUCGAGCUAUGUAGCUGCACCAGAUGGCAGCAGAACACCAGGGCUGUCACGGACUAGAGAUGGUCUCCUCAUCACAGAGAUGGAUCUGAAUCUCUGCAGACAGACUAAGGACAAAUGGUGCUUUAGGUUUACCCAGAGGCUGGAGCUGUACGCGACUAGUCUAACAGAUGCAGUGAAACAAGACUAUAAACCACCAAUCAUCAAGGAGUAAUCAAAAAUUGGCCAUGACUAUCCAUAACGUGGAUAUAUGUCUCUUUGUUACUUAAAUUUGGAAUUAUAAAUAUGACAGCUGACCAAAUAUAUAUCAGGUAUGGGAGAAUAUAGUUACAGGAUUUCCAGUUGUUCCUUCAAAGGCCUCAGGCCAUCCAGUGGAAACAUGCAGUGCAAUUGGCUUGCUGAAAUGAGAUAAGAAUGAUAAUAUAUAUGCCACCUACGGUAAAUUCAGUAUUCUGAAAGCCAUGGCGAUGGCCUCCCUUUAACAACUUGGCAUUUCUGACAAGAGUCUUUGUUAUAUAUUUUAUAUUUAUGUUAUACUGCUUGAGGUCAGAUAUUCAUUUUGUUUCUCUGAGGUCACAAUUAGAUCACAUUGCUGCAAAAGCAGGCCCAUGUCAUUAAUCAAUGUGAUUAUUUUUCAAAGCUUGCAUUGCAAACAGUUGUUACAACAAUAAAAAGUGGUACUUUUCUGUACCAGCAAUUACUUUUGUAGGUGCUUUUUUACAAUGGAAUCCAAUCAUUAUUACACAUGUGCAGUGGUGAUGUAUUCGAAUAUAUCGAAAUGUAUACUCAUUGUAAAACCAUUACUGUGAUUGGGGUGGAUGUCGCUAUAAAAUAUUAUGCAUGUAAUAUAUGAAUAUAGUCAUAGAAAUGAUGGAAACUGCUUCAUUACUUGUAUGAAGUUUCGUAAAGAUGCUUUAUAAAAUGUUUAUCUACAGUGUGUAUCACUGUACAGGGUAUAAAAAAUACUUUUACUUUUUAAAAUCUUUAUAACUUUUUUUUAAAAAUGACAUGGAGACACACCUCUGGAUAUUGAAAAUAGAGGCUUUGAGAAUUUGGUUGGAAAAACACCUGCAUGAAACUGUUCAAUAGCUUUUACGUGACGCCAUCCAAUUUACACAUCAUUUUAUUCAACCAGGGCAGGAUUGUCAGUAAACAACAAAUGGACAGUGCCAUGCAAUAUGAAAGGUAAAUAUUGCAUAAGUCGCCCAUCACCCAAAAGUCUUGCAAUACGGCCAAGGACAUAAUCUCUAUGGUAUUCACGUUGACAAGAUGCCAUAUUCUGCUGUGCAACGAACUCCCGAGUUGAAAAUUUGCUCUUUCAAAAAUUCCCUGUCCUUUUCAGAGGUCCAUUGCGUAACAACCACUAAUCUAAACAUUAUACAUCAAAAAUUCUCAUUGCCUCUACUUUCCUUAUCUUAAGUUGCUUUCUGCAUACAAUAAUUGAUAAAAAAGUUAUUAAGAUUUCAAAAAUUGAAAGUAUUUUUUAACACCCUGUAGAAUACAGUACCUGUGUGUUUUGUGGCUGGUGUUAAUAUGUUCCCAAUAACCCAUUACUCCAACAUUGGUGCAAUUGGAGGUUAAGACAUUGUUGAUUGAACCCAGGUUCGGAAUCCCCUACUCUUUAUAUGUAUUCAGACGAACGGUCUCCAAGUCAUUCACGUAGCCAGCAGCAGAACAUGCAGGUACUGCAUAAUAUCCUGUUCAUGUGCGUCUUGACCCAUCAAGGGUUAACAUUCUUUUGGUAGGUUGGCUCAUUUCUAGCACAUCAGAAUCAUGUGAAUUUUAACCCUCGAGGCCUCAGUGGUGCAUAUGUAAAAUAAUAUCGGGUAAAGAGUAGGAAAGUUUGCUCCAGCAUUGUUUUCUACUAUAUUCUAACAAUAAUCACGUUUGUGAAUACAUGUAGAAACAGUUGCAGGGCUACCUUUCCCCCACCUUACCCUGUCUGUAUAUAUUUUUGUGUAUAUGGUACAGUAGAAUCACAAUAUCAAGGACAUUCUCGGACAAGUAUUGCACUUGAUAAAGAGGUGUCCUGAUUAGAGAAGUCUAAUUGUAUGGCAACAUUCAGUCAUGGACCAAAACUAGUGUCCUUAAUGGAGGGGGUGGCCUUAUAAGAGAUGUGUCCACUAAGGGUGGUUCUACUGUUUAUGGCACUUGCCUGAUAUUUAGAUUUAUAGUAGUGGGCAAUCUGAUUUCUAUGUAAAAAAGAAAUUAUGCUAGAAAUUGAAAAAUGUCAAAUAAAGUAAUUGUAUUGAUUA